AUGGAAGGUGAAGGCAAGGAAUUUGCGGCUUAUUUUGAGGAUGGUAAUUUGCUAAGAUUGCAAGUUUCGUGUUCGCACUCCCCAACAAUGGAUACGGAACUGUUUCGUGUUAUAUUGCCGCUUCACACUCAGCCAACGGAUGCAGCAUCAGAAACCGAACUUCCUAAUUCAGUAAAGGUUCAAGGUUCACUGAAUAUGGGAGCAAAAUCGACGGUCAAUGAUGCUGAAGCGCUAGGAGUGGGCGAAAGGAGAAAAAUUGCAACGGAUAAAGGUAAACAACACGGUUACAAAGGUUAAAGGAUCAUAGAGCUGUGGCGUUACGUCAAGUAACUAGACAGAAACAAAAUGAAACCGCUACUUGCUGAUCUUAACAAUUAUGAAAGUUGAAAACAGUUGAAAUGGAAGGUCUAAACAAUUUGCUCGUUAAACUGCAAGGAUAAUUAUGUUGAAGCGUUAGAAGAUUAAACUGUUGUUGUUAAUGCCAAUUCAUGGUACGAUGCUCACGAUGGAGAUGUCUUUAAAUUUAAACAGUCUGUCAUUGAAUAUUUGUCCAAGGCGAAAAGGCAUCAGUCAAAUGAAGAACCCUUUGUUAUCUUUAGUGGAUCUCAUCGCACAAGAAAGUCAAAUCACUCUAAACGGUCCACCUCAUCUUCAAUUUCAUCUAAAGCUAAGUUGAUAGAAGCAAAAACUAAGGUCGCAGCAUUGGAAAUCGAAGCAUCAUUUCUGAAGGAGAGCAAGCGCUUAAAAUGGCAGCUGAACAUUAA